CCAGUCUGUGGUAGUUCCGGUUUGUUGCUAGACGGAAUAGUUGUUAUUUGUCCGUUGUGAGGGAUGUAGGAAACGGUUAAUAUUUGCAGGGUUUGACUACAUGUUUUUAUUAAUGUCUCUAGUAAAUUAAUGUCUGAGAGUCACGAAAUCUAAUUAACGGAACUGAAAGAGGGCUUAAUGAUUUAAAUAAGUUGAUAAAAACCUGGGAAAAUGUCAAUGGACUUUGUAGUACCAGUGCUGCAAGCUGAAUGUGAAGAAGAGGAGUAUGAUGAAGAUGAUAUUGCUCGGCAACAGGAGAUUCAUCAGUUACUGGCCAACCUUUCUGAUGAUGCAUUAGAUGACAGCAGAGAUUUGUCGUCUCCUGAAGGAAAUUUUUUGGUCUGUGAUGAAAAUGAGGAAAAUGAAAGACACCACCAACAAUGGCAAAGUGGAGAAGAGUGGGACAGUCAACAUGAAUCCAUUAAUGGGACAAAAGAUUAUGGGAGUGACACACAUGAUCCAUAUCAGAGUGAUUAUCCUUAUGCCACUGAAAAUGGACAUUUUAACCAGCAUGCCAAUGUGCUGCACAAUGAUCAUCAUGCAAAUGGAUGGAAUGAACUGCACAGAGAAGAAAUAAAUGGUUAUCAUUAUAGCCAUGAGAACUGUGGUUAUCCUGAUCCAAAGAAUGAAAGUUCUAUUGGUAGCAAAGAAUUCAUUAUGGAUGUGCAAUAUGAACAAGGCUCCUUCUGCCAGACAAGUUCUCUCCAGCCUCCUGAUCCACAUCAUCAGCAGCAGCAGCAGCAGCAUGCAGAGGACACACAUGAUGAAUUAAAUCAAUAUAAUGAAGAACAUACAGGAGAGGAUUUUCAGCAUUUUAGUCAGCCUGAAAAUUAUACUGGAAACCAAAUGGACAACUACAGAGUCAAAUAUAAUCCUUAUCAUCUCCAAGUUCAGAACAAGCCAUAUAAUUGCGAUACACAUGAGGAUGUAAGAUAUAAAGAAAUGCAACAGGAGUUUUUGAAUACUGGAGAAGAUUCAGCAGAGAAACAAAAAAUUGCACAGCUUCAUAUUCUGUAUAAUGCACAAAGAAGGCAGCUCGAAGAACUGCAGGAAAAGCUAGAAGAGUCCAUGCGUGACUCGAGGCACCUUAGACACCAGCUUGCUAUCACAAAAGAUGAAAAAGGCGGUUUGAGUCUUAGUUUGCAAGAAUCCAAAAAGCUUAUUCAAGUGGGAAAGGAACGAGAGAUGCAGCUUGAAGGGCAGAUUAAAGGACUGCAAAUGCAAGUUAGCACCUUAACUGCAAAGUUGGAAGAGAGUUUGAAAAAACAAAAGGUCUCAGAAGCAGCAGUGGAUAGUAUGCAGCAGCAGAUGAAGGAUUUAUGUCAAUCCGAGUCUCUUACUAGAGCCAGGGAGCAACAUGAAACUAUUCUUGAAGCUUUAAAAGAAAAACAUGAAGCAGAAGUAUUAAAACUGCAGCAGGACAUUGAUGCAAAGUCCCAUGCCUUGAAUGAGCAGACUGAACAUUGGCAACAACUUAAAGAGCAGCUAAAACGAGCAGAGAAACAGCAAGAAGAAAUCAUAUCUGAAAAAGUGGAAAUGAUCAACAGACUUACAAAAAGUCUGAAUGAGUGUCAGCAACAAUGUACCAAUUUACUCCAUACAGGCACAGUGCAAGAAGUCAACCAAUUAACCUUUCAACUACAGCAAGCACAGGCUGCUAAGAAAAUAACUGACAAGAUGAACAAGUCUCUACAGGAGGAGCUCAAUGAAUUAAAAGAAGAAAUCGCACUGUAUGAAUCAGCAGCAGCAAGUGGAAUUAUUUCUUCCAGUGGUGAGAGAGAACCUGAGAUCCACAUGUCAGAUUCCUAUGUAGAACUGGGCAUCAAGCAGGUUAACUGGAAAAGCAUAAAAAUGCAUAGUACGUCAGUCACUCAUGAACAGGAGAGAAGCAUGUCCAAAGAUGAAACAAUCAUUAAACUAAAAAGUGAGAUUGAACAUUUUCUGAGAACGUUGAAGAGCAAAAGACAAAAAAUUGUCCAACUGCAAGAUGAGCUAAAGCAGUAUAAAAGUCAGGUAUCAAGCCUACAAAGCCAACUUGAAAAGAAGGACAAGACUGUGAAAGAUCAUGAGGUGCGAGAGAACAGUCUAGAAAAGAAACUUGAAACUUCACUCAUGAAGAGAGUGGAAAAUGGAGAUUUUGAGAAAAUACAGAGGGAGAAUCGGGCUCUAAAACAGAGUUGUGAGAAAUUAGAAAUGCAGAUUAAGGACUUGAAAAUUACUGAAGAAAAUCUCAAAUUAAACAACCAGGAACUCCGUGCUGAAAUGAAAAAGAUGAUACAUGAUUUUGACCAAGAUAAGCAAGAAACAAUUGAAAGGUAUGAAAGAACAAGUCAACAGUUCUUGGAAGACACUAAAAAUCAUCUUCGUGCAGAGCUUUCUAAGGGGCAUGAGCUUGAGAAACAGGAUCUCACCCGCCUCUUUGAAGAGAAGAUUUCUCAAUUAAAGAAAGAACUUUCUAAAAUGAAUGACACAGUAAUAGAAACAAGAGAAUGCUACCUCACUGUGUGUCAGGAAAAAAACACAUUGGAAAAUGAUUUGCAGGAGAAAGUGGAACAAGGAAUGAAACUUAAGGAAAAGGAGUUGAGAAAGCAAUUCACAGAAGAGAAGAACAGAGUGUUGGCAAGUCUCACAUCUGAGCUUGAAGAUAAGCACAAAAUUUUAAUGACAACAGCAAAGGUGCAGUGGUUGAAAGAGAAAGAAGAUGAUGUAAAGAAACAGGUAGAAAUCAACAUUUCCUUGGCAAAAGAGGCCUGGCAGCAGGAACAUGAGCAGUUGAAAGAAGCAGCAAUUAAAAAAGCAGUGCAAAAAGCAGAAAAGAAGUGUAUUCAACAAGUUUCUGAAGAAGAAGCAAAGAAUUGCUCAACAAAACAAGACGGUUACUCUCAGACCGACCAAGCAGAUGUGAUUUCGGCAGAGGUUCUAGAAACUCGGCUUGGAUCUCAGAAGCUUGCAUUACAGCAAGAGGCUGAAGAAGAUAAAGCUAGAGCCAUUAGAGAAGCCAUGAAAAAAUUACAGGAUGAACUAGAGAAGGAACAUCAAAAUAAUAUUGCCAAGCAGGUCGAAAUUGCACUUUCUAAUGCUUAUGUUCGUUGGGCUGGUGAGCUAUCCACUCUUCCUGAAUACAAAAUUAAUCUUGAAACUGAAAAAAGAAAGUGGGAGCAAGAGAAUGAAAAGAAUUUUGUUGAGCAGAUAUCUACAAUACUCAAAGAAGCAGAAGAAAAAUGGGAGCAAAAAUAUAAAGAAAUGGAAAAGAUGGAAGCAAAUAAUAAAAAUUCAGAAAUGCAAGAAAAGAUUUCCUGGCUUGAAAGGCAGCUUGACCAUCUGAAAACCGAGGAAGCAGCCCACUUAAAGGCUGAACUGGCCAAGGCCCAUGCUCAGUGGACCAAGGAAAAACAAGAAGAGAUCAACAGAAUUAAUGAACUUAAUGAAAAAGAUUAUAAGACAUUUCUAGAUGAACACACAAAAAAAUUAAAUAAUCUUAUCAAAACAAGCAGAGUAGAGUUUGAGCAACAGAAACUGGAUUUGCUUACUAAGAAAGAAGCUGAUUUCAACGAGUUCCUGAAAGAAAAACAAAGGCAGUGGUCGAAAGAAUUGGCUGAAAAGACAGAGAGAGCCAGAGAGCUGUAUGAGGAAGAACUUCUUGUUGAAAUUAAGAGUAUAGCUGAUGACGUGCAAGCCAUGAUAGUUGGUGAUCUUACAAAGUCUCCAAAAUCUGAGAAGAUGUAUAAUAAUAAAGGUCGACAGUUCUUUGGAGAGUUGCGAUCAAGCCUGCAUCUGGCAUUCAGAGAUUUUGUGAUGAAUUUAAUCAAACAAGAAUGUAGAAAGAGUGAAGAAAAGCUGCAAGCAGUUGUAAAAGAAGCCGAGCUCCACAAAAAAGAAGCCGAAAUGCAUCAGCGACAUCUUGAUGAUGAAAAGACAAGCCACCAUUGCUUUUGUAAACACUGCGUUCACAAGCUUGAAAAGGCUCAAAAAGAGUGCCAUGACCUCCGGCGGAAUUUGGAGAAAGCUUGCAGACACCUGCAGCAAUCUGACAGAGAAAACAAAGCCAACAUGCGUCUCAUGAAAGAUAACUAUGAAGAGACCAUCCGAAAAUUAAGGGAAGAAAACCUGCAAAUGUGUAAAGAAAAAUCAACGGGAAUCAAAAAAAAUUCUGAGUCACAAACUGAUGCCACCUUGGAGAACAACUACAAGGCAUUUAUUCAAGAAGGAAUCGAAGAAAACAGAGUCCAGUAUAUAAAAGCCCUACAAAAAAUUAAAGGAGAAAUGCUUCACUAUGUCAGUGAAAGGAAAAAAAGAGCAGCUGAAGUGAUCGAAACAGAGAUUUUGCGGGUACGGCAAGAAACUGCGAGGAAAAUGAGAAAAUACUACUUGACGUGCCUCCAGCAAAUAAUUGAUGAAAUUAAGAAGAAAGAAAGUAAUGAAAAAAAUAUUAACCCUACAAGCAAAGUAACUUGUGCAACAAACCAAAAGAGCAUUAAAAGUAAUGGGUUGAGAGAAAAGGAGUCGUCUAAGUCUGAAUGGGGUGUUUUGAGCACAAAACUGGAAAAAGAUCGUGAGCAGUCUACUUCCUUGAAAGUUUACAGCCUUCCUACUCAUACAGAUUCUGAGGGCAAACCACUACCCGGGCAUAUUACAAAGGAAUUUGGAAGUCUGAAAUCUGCAAAUAACAAAGGAGGGAAAGAAUCGCCCAUGCAAGCCGAGAGGAUUACAGCUGAGAAAUCAGCCACCGAGUCUAAGGUGGUUGACUCUGCUCCAGACCUCUCCUGGUUUGUGACCCAUAAUACCAAGGCAAUACGGGAAAACGAGGAAUUUAAAGACACCGAUGCUGAGCAGUCUGGAACCCAGCGAAUGCGCACUGGUCAGUCUGUUCUGUUUACCCGCGUCUCCCGUAAUGAACCUGCAUUGUCACACGUGACUUUACGUAAGCAGAACAUGGCUGGUCAAGCAGAAAAGCAUUUUGGUACAGACCUUUCGACCUGUCCGUUUGAUAUUCAGGAAACUCCUGUUCGGGACGGAGGUCCAAGUGAUUGGAGUUCAGGAAGCUUUGGGGGUCCGCUACAAAGCAACUUCCUGCCAUCAUACACAACUAAUAAAACUGAACGAAUGCUUAAACAUAAUGUGCAGAUGCAGCCUUUAGUAUCCUCUGUCUAUGACACAGAUAGCGAUGAUACUUUCAUCAACAAAAAGAUUAUAGAAAAAUCCAGAAUAGAUAUUCCGGCAAGUACGCAAUACGAACUUUACAAAACAAAAUCGAUGAGCCACCAGAGUGCCAGUAGUACUCGUCUUCUGCAUCUUUCAGGAACAAGGGAUCCGUUUUUAGGGUUUGAAGGUAAAAGUGUAAAAUCGGUCAGUUCAAGGGGUUACUCCUCCGAUGUUAAAGUUCAGCAAGACAGUGGAUUUGACAGCCCAUUACAUCGUUUGAAGAAAUAACAUUAUGAGUGUGUGUGUGUGUGCGUGCACACUCUCUAUGUUGGAAGGAAAGAUUUAAACCUCAAAAGUGUGUCUGGGAAUAAAUGAAUGCCAACAGUCUUUAAUCAGUUCAGUUCAUCUGUAUUGUGUGUGUUAUAAUGUGUAAAUAAUUGACUGUUUUUCUGUUCUGUUUUAUACGUUAAAAAUAUUUAUUAUUUGUACAAGU